AUGUCCGUCUGUCAUGCCUCGGAACUCGGGAGGAUGGCAUCGCGUUCGGAAUGGGUCCGUGCGCGGGAGCAUUCGAGAAUGACCUCCCGAGCGCUGGCCAGAUCUCUCUCUCUCUCUCUCUCUCUUUCCUCACCAAACUCCGGCGAGGAUACCGGCGCUGCAAAACUAUCGGGCUCCUCCAAUGGUUGGGCCAAGGUUCCAAGCGAGCGGUGAUGCUGAGUAAGUACACAUCCGACCCAUCCCACACAAUUCCGAUCUACCCCGUGCGACGUAUUACGUCAUCGCGUGCGCUGACUCGGACCGCCUGUGUGACGGUAUCGUCUCGACCCUUUCUGCCCCUCACAGGCCCACAAGCGGCGGACGAUAAAACGUCAAUCGGCUCACCAGGUCUCCCACGACCUCAACCCUUUUUCCCUUCAAGAUUCCUGCAACCAUCGAUGCAAUGUGAGCCUCCACUUCACUCCAGGGCGCGCACGGCCGGAGCGUUCCAGCGCUGACUCAUGAUGUCUCUUGCGCUCCAGAGCCCCGACUGAGCUCGUCAAGGCGGACGCGUUGGCAACAACAAUGGAUGAAUGGAAUGGAAUGAGAAAAAGGGAAGGAGUGGCGGGCUUUAUGUCCCAUGGUUUCGUUUCUGCUUUUUUUGUGGGGUCGCAUCGAGAAGCUGUCCCCUUUGCUUUAGUUUCGGCUAGGGCAAGUUCGCCGGCCAAAUGCAAUGCGACAGAGAGGAGUGAACAGGCUGUGGAGCGCUGCGGGACGCAGGGAGUUGGGCGCCACAUGUGA